UAUGGUUAAAACGUAUUGAGAUUGAAGCAGCUUACAGGGUUCCUUGUAGAGUUUCGAUGGUUCUUCCCGAUGAUGAAUAACCGAUAUUAGAAACUUCUUAACCAACAUUUGUAUCGAAUUUGUUGAAGUAAUUGGAUGUGCCAGUGGGAGUUGAAAGUUAUAAAUAAGAUGACAUUGUUAGAUCAGAGAUCAUCCAAGGAUUUAUGGUAAUUCUUUGACAGACUAGGGCAUAAUGAUGGCUUCUGACACCACAGUGAACACCACGGCAAAGAUUGACCUUAUCCCGCUACCGAGUGAUCAAAGUCAUGAACUAUUGAUGGCAGUCAUUGGAAUAUUAUCCUUCUUUUGUGUUCUCGGAACCGUCGGUAAUUUCCUCGUCUUAUAUGUGUACGUCCGAAAAAGAAACAAAUUGGCGGCGACAGUUUUCAUAAUAACACUAGCGUGUACGGAUUUCUUAACUUGUGUUCUUAUAAUCCCGUAUACCAUUGUCUUAGAAUAUAUGGACUACUUCAUUAAGUAUGACUUUUUGUGCAAGUGUUAUAUGUUUCUUAUUACUUCCAAUGUGCCGUUCUCUGCUUUCAUUAUGAUGGCUAUAGCUGUAGACAGGUAUUUCUGUAUCUGUCAUCCAUUCACACACUUUCUGACAACACGAAGGGCAAAACUCAUAAUAACGAUCCUGGCAAGCUUAGCUUUUAUGCUUGGAAUUAUAACAGCUCUUAACUACGGGGUUAAUUUUAGAACGUCAAAACUUUAUACGAAUGAAACAUCCCUUCUUGCACAAAACAAUCGGCCGAAAGUUUCAAAGCAAGAUAAUAAUGAUGGUAUUAUUUUGGUGCCAAAACGCGAUUGGAAUUACUCUGAAAUCGUAUAUUCACUUAAUAGAACCGAAACAUCAACACAAGUCAUCCGAACUGAAUCAUUUCUGAUGUACGAUGGCAUUUGCAAGCCAAAUGGGCUGAUAUUCAAUCAUUCCUUCACUGAAACCUACCAGAAAAUAUACUCUAGUUUCUUCGUAAUUGUGAUAGUGGUUGUGUUUAUAUUGUACAUAAUGAUAUACAGAUUUGUCUCGCUACGUCGCGCACGUCGACAACGCAUGCGCUACCAACCUAGCGGAUAUUCAUCGUGUAAGGACCAUGCCACAUCCUACCUGAACACGCGUGCCUCUUUUACAAAUGGCUGCGUCAAAACCGAACUAGAGCCAUAUAUUGAGCUGGAAGAACGACCAAAGUCCGAAAAAACGGAAAUUAACCGUCAAAUUACAAUCAGAGAGAAAGGUCUCGUUGCUAAUAUACGGACAGCCGGGAUGUUAUUUGUUGUUACUGCAGUGUUUAUUAUUGUAUUUCUACCAGCCUGGCUAAUGGCCCAUCAAGUCAUACCGUAUAAUAUAUUGAUAUUUUAUAUGUAUUUUUUCUAUAACGUUGCCAAUCCGAUUAUUUAUGCCUUUAUGAACAAAGCAUUUAGACGUGAUUUAAAGGAUGUUGUUCAAUGCCGCUUGACGUAAAUACAAUUUAUAUUAUGGAGUGUUAUUAUUUUUCUCAUUGUUUAUAUAAUGAAACAGUUAAAUGACGUUACUUCAUUGAAGAUGAAUUGAAUAAAAUGAUACAAUGACUUGAGAUUGAAACUU